AUGGGAAAUACUCAAGGAACGGGUAAUUCACCAGAUGAUAAAAAGGACAAGAAUGAUGGUAGACAAAGUCGUUCAGACCAGCCAGUUACAUUUGGUAAACGAAAAAGGAAAAUGUUAAGGCAAUUGGCGCCAGUAAGAAUACCAACAGUCACUCCAAAUUCAAAAUGCCGAUUAAGAUUGUUAAAACUUGAAAGAAUCAAGGAUUAUUUAUUACUAGAAGAGGAGUAUAUAACAAAUAAAUCUUUACAUAAACCCUUGAAAACAAAGAACCAAGAUGACUUGAUAAAGCUCGAUGAUAUCAGAGGAUCCCCAAUGAGCGUGGGAACCCUGGAGGAGAUCAUCGACGAGAACCACGCCAUCGUAACAUCCUCAAUAGGACCUGAAUAUUAUGUUAAUAUACUCUCCUUUGUGGACAAGGAGCUCCUGGAGCCAGGCUGUUCAGUGCUAUUGCACAACAAAACCAAUAGUAUAGUGGGAAUACUCUUGGACGACGUUGACCCACUGGUGUCCGUGAUGAAGGUGGAAAAGGCACCUCUUGAGUCGUAUGAUGAUAUUGGAGGGCUUGAGGAACAGAUUCAAGAGAUCAAAGAGGCAGUUGAGCUACCGUUAACAAGGCCUGAGCUGUACGACGAUAUCGGUAUUAAACCUCCAAAAGGUGUAAUUCUAUACGGACCACCAGGCACUGGUAAGACUUUAUUAGCCAAGGCAGUUGCGAAUGAGACUUCAGCCACUUUUCUUCGUGUAGUAGGGUCUGAGCUUAUCCAAAAGUACUUGGGAGAGGGACCUAAGCUUGUCAGGGAGAUGUUCAAGGUGGCAGAAGAUAAUGCCCCCUCAAUUAUCUUUAUUGAUGAAAUCGAUGCGAUAGGGACCAAAAGGUACGAUGCGACGAGUGGAGGAGAGAAGGAAAUCCAGCGUACUAUGUUGGAGCUGUUAAACCAGUUGGACGGAUUUGACUCUCAAUCGGAUGUAAAGGUGAUUAUGGCGACAAACAAAAUUGAAUCGCUCGACCCAGCGCUUAUUCGACCGGGGAGAAUCGAUAGGAAGAUCCAGCUCCCGAACCCAGACAGCAAAACUAAGCGCAAGAUAUUCGAAAUCCACACAUCGAAGAUGACCAUGAGCAAGGAUGUGGACCUGGACGAGUUCGUGGUCAAUAAGGACGACCUCAGCGGAGCAGAUAUUAAGGCAAUGUGUACAGAAGCAGGUUUGCUGGCGCUCAGAGAACGCAGAAUGCAAAUUACUCAAGCCGAUUUAAUGAAAGCAAAAGAAAAGGUUCUGUUUCAGAAAAAGGGCAAUGUACCCGAUGUCCUCUAUUGCUAA